GCCCGCCGAAUCCCGCCCCGGAACCACCUCCUGUGUGAGCGGCCUGGGACCCGGGGUCAGGCUUGGCCCCCUGGGCCGCCGCUGAGCAGGCUUGAGGCAGCCCGAAGCCCGGGCGCGUGUCCCGCCGCAAGUCAGACUGGGCUGGGGUCAGAGGAGAGGUCGGGACUAAAGAGAAAUGACCUUUGGCUCUAAAAAGAAGACUCGAUUUUUCAUGAUAAAAUGGCAGUGGUGAAAACCCCCAGCAGAGAGCUAAGCAAUGCUGAAGAACCAUUUACUAACAUAUCCCCCCUACUUUUGAAGAGCCUAGUGGAGGAGCCUAAGAAAAGAAGAGAAGUACCUAAUCACCUUCUAGAAUCAAAGAUUUAUGCAAAAGUUCUGAACAAUAAGGUCAUACAGGCAAAACCUGGCAUACUGCAUUUUGGCGGCUACAAAGUAGAAAAACAACACCAACAGAUUCUGUAUCUGGUCAAUAUUUCCAAUGAAGAUGUACAUGUGCAUAUUUUACCCCCUCAAACCAAAUACUUUCAGAUCAAGUAUGUGAAAAAGGAACACUGCCUUGUCCCCGGCUUGUCCCUCACAGUCACCAUUACGUUUUCUCCAGAUGAGUGGCGAUACUAUUAUGACUGCAUUCGGGUUCACUGUAAGGGAGAUGACACUUUGCUUAUUCCCAUCCAUGCCUAUCCUGUCGUGAAAACAUUGGACUUUCCCUCAUUUAUAAAUCUAUCCAACGUUUUCCUUGGUGAAAGCAAAAAAUACAUUAUCCCUUUGCAGUGCAGCUGCCCUGUAGAUUUCGAGUUUCAUAUCACUCUGAUUCAGUCUCAUGAAGCCUUUACUGUUGACCCGAUAUCAGGAAUAAUCCCGGCUAAUGGGAAGGUGAACGUGACUGUCAAAUUCACACCAUUCCAGUAUGGGAUUGCGCAGAUAAAAAUGCAGCUGUGGAUCUCACAGUUCAACUGUCAGCCAUAUGAAUGUGUCUUCACCGGAACGUGCCGUCCCAACAUGGCUUUACCAUUAGAAGAAUUUGAAAGAUUAAAUUCUCUUUCUAAGAAAGUAGACGUUCCUCCAGGAAAGGCAAUGACACACAUACCUUUCCAGCGACCGCCACCCAAACAAAAGCCUCCAAAGAUUAAGGAAAUCGAAUAUCAGAACUUGAGAUUUCCAGUAGAUUUAUCGAAUCCAUUUGCUGUGGCAACUGUUUUAAACCAAGAACCAGGAAAACUGAAGAUUAAAGAAUUAAGAGAAGUUUUGGACCAAGGCAAUGAGAUUUCAAAAACAAGACAGAUGAAGGAAGCACUCUUUGAACAGAAAGUCAGACAGGACACUUAUGGAGAGAUCGAAAAUCACCUUAAGUGGCAGGUGCACCUUGGUAGAGAUCCUAUGUCUUUUAAAUUUAGAAAAGACCUUACUGAAGAGCGGCAAAGAGAAAACACCAAAUAUAAGCUAGAUAGAGGAGAUCCUGUUUUGGAUGAGGAAUUUCAGCGCAUCAAGACAGAAGUCAACCAGAAACGGGUUGUUCACAAUCUAGAAGAAAGAAUCAAGGAAUUCCAUCCUAAUUUUGAUCCACUCAUUAAUAAUACCUGGGUCAACAGGUUCAGGGCACAAAAGCGCUUUCAACAAGCCGCACGCAAGGUCAUGGUUCAUCGAAGGUUAAUCAGUAUGCUGACUGCUAUUCAUAACAUGGACAAGGAGACCAUAAGCAGGAAGCUGAGCCGAGGAAGACAGUCAGUAAUAACAGACAAGAAUGCCUCCAGAUUCGUCCUGGCUCAGAUCAGUCAAGAUGAUUAUUCCAGCCGGUUCUCUGUAUCACCCAAGGAAGUGCUGCCCUUCGCCUUCCCGUCCUACAGUCCUCCUCAGAGCUCCAACGAGUUGGCUCCUGAUGGCCUUGGACUGGUUCCAAUUAAACCUUCAGAAACUCAAAUCAAGCAGAGUUUUUCCUUCCUCAGUCUGCAGGUUCCUCAACUGUACAAAAUUAAAGGGUAUCAGCCAUUCUGUGUCCAGAAGUCGUCAACAAGCUACAAACCUCAAAAGCUUGCUCGAGCUCUGAAGCAAGGGGCUGAGGAUGAAGCCACCGUCAUAACUCUGCCCAAGCAGGACGCCACACCUCAGCUCCCUGGCAAGACCUCAGUCUUGGGCAUGAAACUACCUGAGGCCUUAGCUGUUUCUCCAAAUUAUGACCCGCUUUAUAUUUUUAAUCCCAACCCAGGACUAUUUGCUGUGAAGCACCCUCUGACCUACGCAGAAACCCUGAUAGAUUACCAUCUGUGCCCUCACCCCAAGUACAAGUUCAUCAGGGAGCCCCACAGGGGGUCCAGCAUUCCUCUCACCCAAAAGCAAUUUCUCCAUCACACGGACAUUAUUCCUGGGAUAAUGCACUGGAAGAAGUUCCAGCCCCUGACUCUCUCAUCCCUGCCCGAAACCUCGAAGACAGAGACAACACAGAGCUGUGAUUCCUUCAACUUAGUCAUGCUUCCUAAAAAUGUCCCUGCCCUUCUCGACGCCCUGCCAGAAGAAGACAGAUUGGAAACAGCUGAACGUGAGCUCUGCGAACAGAAUAUAGAAGUUAUAUUGACUCCAGAAAUGAUUGAAGCAGAAUUCCCUAUGUUGGACCACAAGGACACCAAAAAGGAGAAAGAGGCCAAAGAACAAGCACAGCUGAUGGAGAAGCCAGGAGAAAGGGUGCAGGAGGAGAUGAAGAUUCUGCGGGGCAAAGCUCUCAACUCGUACCUGAUUCUAGAAUAACAAUCUCCAGGAGGUCAGUUCCUCUUGUUGGCUUUCUGCUGGUCGCUGGGUCCAUUGACGUUCCAGUCAUUUUUGGAAUUAAAUGCUCUAGAGAAUAAAAUUGAA